AUCUAUUUACUAAAAUCCUGUCCUCUAAGCCAAACAGGUGCGAGUGGGCGUGUCCAGGCGAGUCGCGCCGGGGUAGAAACAGAACCGAGCAGCAGCGGAGUGAGCGGACACGGUUUACUCGAGAAUGGCGGCUGCUGCGUGCAGUACGCAGAGCACACUGAACCCAUGCACUGGCAAACUGCACAGAGAGCAUCUGCGGAAAAGUAAAGAUUCGCGGAGGAGACAAGCUGCGCUUUUGUUUCUCACUAAUAUAUCCUUGGACGGUCGGCCUGUGCGGAACAAUGUGAGCGCAGCGGGCCCAAGUGAUGCCGAGUUUCAGUGCUCUGACAUCGGCGCGACUGUGAGCGAACUGUCCGCUGUGGCGAGUAGCGAUGGGAACUUCCCCAGCCUCUCUGUCCCCAGACUCGGGCUGCUCAACGUCCCGCCCAUCCUGGUUCUGCCGUCGGAUUCUGAGUUCAGUAACGCCGGGAGCACCGAGUUGUUCCUGGAGAGGGAGAGGGGCUCGUUCUCCUCGCAGAGCAAUCUCCUGUCCCCGUGCGGUCUGCAGCCCACUCCGCUCGGAGCGCGGAAGUCUCCGACGCUGCUGUCAGUGCAGAGCUGCGGCUCUUCGCUGGAGUCUCGACCGCGGAGUCGGAACUCAUCUGGCUCUCCUCGUCCACGCUCUGUGAAGAAAGUCCACUUUAUUAAGAACAUGAGGCAGUACGACACCAGGGGCAGCAGGAUCGUGCUUAUCUGCGCCAAAAGGUCUUUGUGUGCCGCCUUCUCUGUGCUGCCUUAUGGAGAGAGCUUCCAUAUCAGUGACCCUCGUCUGGAUGCUCAGCGGCGGAGGCACUCAUCUGGAGGAAUGUCCACAACCCUAGAGAUGCUUCCCGGGCUGGAGGGGGUGGAGCUGGACAUGUACGGCAGGACGGUGUCGUACGCUCAGUUCCUGUACCCCACUAACGCUCUGGACCACCACAAACCUGCAGUGGAUCUCGCUCUACCCAUGCCGUAUUCCAGAAACAGCAUCCCUUGCAGUUAUCCUCCCUCUCGCCUCAACAGCACCGUCGGCCUGGACCUGGAUUCUCAGUAUUUACUGUCAUUCUCUUUGUCCCUCCAACAGACAACAGUAAUAGAGUAUGUCAAACCGUCAGAUCUGAAGAAGGACAUGAAUGAGACCUUUAAGGAAAAAUUCCCCCACAUCAAACUCACACUGAGCAAAAUCAGAAGUUUGAAGAGGGAAAUCCAUUCAGUAGGAGAGGAGUCUUCCUUGCAGCCGGUCACCAUAGCCAUGGCAUUUGUGUACUUUGAGAAGCUGGUCCUACAGGGGCGUCUCAACAAGCAGAACAGGAAGCUGGUGGCGGCCGCGUGCAUUCUACUCGCCGCCAAGAUCAGCAGCGACCUGAAGAAACAAGAGGUCAAGCAACUGAUCGACAAACUAGAGGAGAGGUUCCGGAUUAGCCGUCGAGAGCUGAUUGCUUUAGAGUUCACUAUCUUGGUGGCUCUGGAAAUGGCACUUUACCUACCGGAGAGUAAAGUCAUGCCCCACUACCGCAGACUGGUGCAGCAGACCUGACGUGGGUAGAGCGGAGGGCUCAGGAACGUUGUGAAUAUUCAGAUGAGAUGCGUAACGCAGUCAAAAGUGUGGGACUCUGCGUUCCCUCCAUUGCAGUUUGAGGUAACGGAGCGAAUACAUAUCAACACGAAGCUCUGAGGAAGAACCGACGUUCCAAAUGAUGCUUUAUAUAGCAAUCUGGCAAGCGGCUUUUCUUUUCAUGGCUGUCUGUUUUUGUGACCACCAUGGGAAUACUGCUGAGGAAAACCGCACGGAUCUUCUUUUAUUGAAUUGAGUUAAAACCGAAGGUUUUAAGACUCAAAUGACAAGGGAGAAGCUUUAACUCCUGCCACUUCACUUGUGUGCAUGCAUGUUUGUAACAUUCCGUAUCUAUUUACCAUAAAUAACUUUUAUUUUAGACCUCUACUUUUGUAUAGAACAACCUACCAUUCACUGUAUCACUAAAGCACUUUAAAGCAAACAAAAAACAACAACAACUGUGCAUGUAAACAUUAUGCAAUAAUAAUAUAGUCAUUAGCACAGAUCACAUAAUAUACUGUAUAUGCACUUACUUUAGUGUUAUUGAGUAACUGACUAAAUUUACCUUAGUAUUCAGACCUAAUAUGUUCACUGUCGUUGAUAAGGCUUGAUUAUACUGUGAAGAGUGCUCUAUAUUAGAGCUGAUUUCAAGGAAAGCACAUUUUCAGUGCGGCCGGUAUUCUCACUUUUUCUUUUUUUAUAGAAUUUUUAAAAAAAAUCCUCUUUUAAAUUCCGCAGAAGAAAGUCAUGAUGCAAAUGUGUAAAAGAUGACAGGUUUUUUAUUUUUAGGUGAACUAUUCUUAUAAGACACAUGGUAUUAAUGUAUGUGCACACU